AUGGACCUACGGAUGCGACACUCCGCCUCGCUGUCAUCUCUCGAAGCCCCUGGCAACGACGGUCGGAAUAGUGCUGCCAUCCCUGGUGACAGAGAUGGCCUCUCGACGACGAAGGCCACAACGACGACAGACCUGGCGCUGCACAUAGUCGACAUCAUCGCCUCCAUCCCCGCGUCUUCGGGUAUGCGGUGCCUGCAGCCGCUGCUCUGCGUCGGCGCCGGGACUGGCCUCGCGCUCGCUAGCAGCAAGAACGGUGAUGCCUUGUCCCAUUCAGGCGCCGGAGACCACCGCGAGCAGCGCGACAAGGUAGGCCAGCUUGUGCCCGCGCCGCCGUGCCACAUCAACUGGUGGGAGUGGUUCUUGCCGCCGGCAGGGCCUGCCGAAGGAGUUCAACAUCAUGACUCGGACGCCGGCGCGUCAGAGUACACGUCGGCCUCCUUUUGUGACAAAGCUACACCCUCCAUGGCAAACGAUGGCAGCAAGGUCCACAGCGCCCGCGUGUUUCUGCGCAGCCGUGUGCGCGAGCUGCAGCAUCACCUCCCGCAGAAGCCUACUGGCGUGGUCGGCGAGCUGCUAGAGGAGGUCUGGUCGGCCAUGGACCGUCAGAGUGGUGGUGGUGGCCGGUACGGUAGUCACGUAGGUGAUGCCGCCACGGUGCCUGGUGAUUGGGGAGCUGGCGCCGGGGUGCACUGGCUGGACAUCAUAAGCACGGGUCGGUUCCAGAGCGUCUUCGGGUAA